AGGGUUUGAGAAGAUCUGAGACCGAUGAAAACAGCUGUACUUGAAGACCCAUAAUGCAUUUCGGCUGGCAUUCUGUUCUGAUUUUCAGGCUUUGCAGUACAUCCACGAUGGCUGCGCGAAAUCACUACGCGAUCCUUUAAUAUGCACCCAACUGAAAAAACAGAGGAAAAGGGUACCACGGGACCAGUCUCAAAAUGACCACCGGCUUCAGCUCGAAUUCAUGUAGAUUCGCAGAUUAUUUUGUUAUCUGCGGACUUGACACUGAAAGCGGGCUUGAACCAGAUGAACUGUCCGCUUUAUGCCAGUAUAUAGAGGCUACUAAAUUCAGAGAUGGGGCCAGAGGAUUGGCGAGUGCAGAUGAAGGUGAGAAUUUUGAGCAGAGUCCACUGCGGAGAACCUUUAAAUCCAAAGUUCUAGCGCACUACCCAGAGAAUGUGGAGUGGAGUCCCUUUGACCAGGAUGCCGUUGGCAUGUUGUGUAUGCCAAAGGGUCUGGCCUUCCGCACGCAGGCGGACACACGUGAGCCUCAGUUCCACUCCUUCAUCAUCACGCGGGAGGAUGGCUCGAGGACGUACGGCUUCGCCCUCACUUUCUACGAGGAGGUGACCAGCAAGCAGAUCUGCAGCGCCAUGCAGACCCUGUACCACAUGCACAAUGCCGAACAAUACGACAUCCUGCACACCCCCACCACCCCGCGGUGCCCCGAGGACCAGCGCCACCUCCAUCCCCACCCUCUCAACCCCCACCCCCAACACACGCUCCUCCCCAUGCCCUCCAUCUCCCGGCUGCAGCGCUUCAACUCCUACGACAUCAGCCGUGACACGCUCUACGUGUCCAAGUGCAUCUGCCUCAUCGCUCCCAUGGCCUUCCCCCAAGCCUGCAGGAAGGUGCUCCAGCAGCUCCACCAGGCCGUCUCCUCCCCACAGCCCCCACCCCUCCCCUUGGAGAGCUACGUCUACAACAUCCUGUACGAGGUGCCCCUGCCUCCCGCUGGGCGCUCCCUAAAGUUCUCGGGGGUGUAUGGGCCAGUGGUGUGCCAGAGGCCCAGCACGGCAGAGCUGCCUCUCUUUGACUUCCCUAUCAGCCAGGUGUUUGAGCUGCUGGGGGUGGAGAACGUCCUCCAGCUGUUUACCUGCGCCCUGUUGGAGAUCCAGAUCCUGCUCUACUCACAGCAUUACCAGAGGCUGAUGACUGUUGCGGAGAGCAUCACAGCCUUAAUGUUCCCUUUCCAGUGGCAGCAUGUCUAUGUGCCCAUCCUGCCCGCCUCACUGCUGCACUUCCUGGAUGCCCCAGUGCCCUACCUGAUGGGCCUGCACUCCAACGGAGAGGGUGACCGCACCAAACUAGAGCUGCCCCAGGAGGCCAACUUAUGUUUCGUGGACAUCGACAACCACUUCAUUGAGCUGCCAGAGGACCUCCCUCUGUUCCCCAACAAGCUAGAGUUCAUCCAGGAGAUCUCCGAGGUGCUGUUGGCCUUCGGUGUGUCUGCGGAGGGGAACCCGCUCCACAGCCAGGGCCAGGCCAAACACCGGGGCUUCCGCUCCACCGACAUGGUUACGGACAGACGCAACGGCAACCUGGCCAGCUCCCCCCUCAACUCCUACCUGCUGAGGGAGAACGAGACCAUCGCUAGACUCCAGGCCCUGGUCAAGAGGACUGGGGUCAGCCUGGAGAAGCUGGAUGUGAGGGUGGAUGCUAGCAGCAACAAGGACCUGAAGGUGCAGUGUGAUGAGGAGGAGCUGAAGAUGCACCAGCUCAACAUCCAGGUGCGAGAGGUCUUCGCCAACCGCUUCACCCAGAUGUUCGCAGACUACGAGGUGUUUGUCAUCCAGCCCAGCCAGGACAAGGAGUCCUGGUUCAGCAACAGGGACCAGAUGCAGAACUUUGACAAGGCCUCCUUCCUCUCUGACCAGCCUGAGCCCUACCUGCCCUUCCUGUCCCGUUUCCUGGAGACUCAGAUGUUCGCCUCCUUCAUCGAUAGUAAGAUCCUUUGCCAUGAUGACGAGGACAAGGAACACACGUUGAGGGUGUUUGACUCCCGCGUGGACAAAAUCCGCAUGCUGAACGUGCGCACGCCCACCCUGCGCACCUCCAUGUACCAGACGUGCACCAAUAUUGACGAGGCGGAGAAGGCCAUAGAGAUGCGGGUGGUUAAGAUCGACCACACGGCCCUGCAUCCCCACCUGCUGGAUAUGAAGAUUGGCCAGGGUCGCUACGAACACGGCUUCUUCCCUCGGCUGCAGGCUGACGUGCUCUCCACUGGACCCGUCAGCAACAAAUGGGCGAAGAGGAGUGCUCCAGCACAGUGGAGGAGGAAGGACAGACAGAAACAACACGCUGAACACCUUUACCUGGACAACGACCAGAGAGAGAAAUACAUCCAGGAGGCCAGAAACCUGGGCACUACCAUCCGGCAGCCCAAGCUGUCCAACCUCUCCCCUUCCGUCAUCGCUCAGACCAACUGGAAGUUUGUGGAGGGUCUGCUGAAGGAGUGCAGGAAUAAGACCAAGCGCAUGCUGGUUGAGAAGAUGGGCAGGGAGGCAGUGGAGCUGGGUCAUGGGGAGGUCAGCAUUACAGGUGUGGAGGAGAACACACUUAUCGCCUCCCUCUGUGACCUGCUGGAGAGAAUCUGGAGCCAUGGGCUGCAGGUCAAACAGGGUAAAUCUGCCUUGUGGUCCCACCUGCUCCACUAUCAGGAGAGCAAAGAGAAGACGGAUGCAGCACCGGCCGGUUUGGGUCCCCCAGGUCUCAUCCACGACAUAGAGAGACGCAAGUCUGACGCUGGCGCUGCCUUGGCCCCUCUCAAGGUAUCCCUGAUCAGGGAUAUGAGUGGCAGAAGCGGUUCAAAUGUAUGCCUUCGUACCUCUACGUACUUCUUUGAAAAUGACAAUUUCGAAUCAAGACACAUCCAGAACAUUGGGGAGAUCAAGACAGAUGUGGGCAAGGCCAGGGCCUGGGUGAGGCUCUCCAUGGAGAAGAAACUGCUGUCCAGGCACCUCAAAAAGCUUCUAUCUGACCAUGAACUUACAAAGAAACUAUACAAGCGUUAUGCUUUUCUGCGCUGUGACGAUGAGAAAGAGCAGUUCCUGUACCACCUCCUCUCCUUCAACGCUGUGGACUACUUCUGUUUCACCAAUGUCUUCACCACCAUCAUGAUCCCAUACCAUGUGCUGGUGAUUCCCAGUAAGAAACUAGGAGGCUCCAUGUUCACAGCCAACCCCUGGGUGUGUGUGUCUGGGGAGCUGGCUGAGACCGGGGUGCUCCAGGUCCCCAAGCACACUCAGGAGAUCACCUUUGAGUGCCAGAACCUGGGCAAGCUGACUACAGUGCAGAUGGGCCAUGAUAACUCAGGUCUUUACGCCAAGUGGCUUGUGGAGUAUGUUAUGGUCCGGAAUGAGAUCACAGGUCAUGCUUACAAGUUCCCGUGUGGCCGGUGGCUGGGGAAAGGGGUGGACGAUGGCAGUCUGGAGAGGGUCCUGGUGGGAGAGCUAGUGACACCGAACUCAGAGAAUGAGGACAGAAUGUGUCGCACACCCCCCAUGCAGCAGUCCCCUGGAAUGAUGAGGAGGUUCGUCACCAUCUCACCAAACAGCAAACCAAAGUUGAACACUAGUCAGAUCCAAGAAGGAGUGGGAGAGGCCAUCAAUGGGAUAGUGAAGCACUUCCACAAGCCAGAGAAGGAGAGGGGCAGUCUGACCCUUCUGCUGUGUGGGGAGUAUGGUCUAGUCUGGGCUUUAGAGCAGGUGUUCCAGCAUGGCUUCAAAUCCCCACGCCUCUUUAAGAAUGUCUUCAUCUGGGAUUUCUUAGAAAAGUCACAAGUGUACUUUGAGAGUGCUGAGCAGAGGGAGGUGACUCCAGAUGAGAACUGGCAAACCAGAGUACGCCACUUCUGCCGCUUCAUGCGGGCCAUCAACAGCACAUCUAGGAACAUAGGCAAGGAUGGGAAGUUCCAGAUGCUGGUGUGUCUGGGUGCCAGGGACCAUUUGUUACACCACUGGAUCGCUCUCCUCGCAGACUGUCCAAUCACAGUGCAAAUGUACGAGGACACAGCACUGAUAAAGGACCGCUCAUUGGUAAAUUCUCUGAUCAGAGUGCUACAGACUUUGCAGGAGUUCAACAUUACCCUAGAAGCUUCACUUGUCAAAGGGAUCGGUAUCUAGGCCCUCUUUCGUUCACACCAAUUGGACCUGACUAAGGAAGACUGUUAGGGACCACUAAAGAACAAUUGAACCUUUUUAUGCAGAAAAAGACUUGAACAAUUAAGGGACGAUUUCUGGCUUAUAUUAAAGCUACUGUUACAUUUGCCAUAUAUUAAGUGCAAUGAGCCUUUCAAAAUGUGUUGUUAUUUUUAUCCUCAACAAUGUUGCUGUUAGAUGUUAAGAAUAUGUUUUCUAUUACGAUCCAUGAUUUUCACAUUGUUGAAGAAGAUAACCCACCUGUUGUAUACUACUUUAUUGAAAGCUAAAUAUUUUCAUUGUUAUUGUGAACUGCUGACAAUGGCUAUAUUCUAAAAAGGAAAACAAGGAACAAAAACUGUUAAUAUAUUUUCAGAGAAGAACAGUAUUAUUUUGAUAUGUCUGUCAAGUUGCUUGCUCUGUUCUAAUUCUAACUGUCAUAAUGCAGAGCUUGAAGCAAAUGAUGUAGAAGUAUGCUUUAUAAGUAUGACUAUGACAUGGUAUAGAUGUUUGUGUAGGGUGGAAAACUGAUUCAUCUACAUCAAUAUGACAGUGUGUAAAUUUGGAUAAGUCCCACUGGAAGUACCGUAGUAUGCAACUAUUUAAUAUGGAAUAACUUGGCCUAGGAAGAGGCUCCUGGCUCCCCCUGUGAAUAAGAUAAUGUAACGUAUGCUAGUGAUGCUAGUGAUGCACAAAAUGUAUUCAGUUGGAGAAGUAUCACUAUAUGGCCAUGUCAAUGCUUCACACUUGACACAAAACUCUUCAACAGUACAGUACUCAUCAUAACCAUGGCUUGGUAGAAAGUGAGUCAUUUAUAAAAUGACAGGCUUCGUGUAAAUACCUCUAACCAGUGCAUCCUUCUUUCCAACAACUUCUCAUUAUUCCUCACCUGUUCUGCCCAUUCCUGGCAGGUUUACAACAUCAUGUCUGUUCAGUAGUGAAAAUUGUAUGAGCUGAUUGCCACUUAAAUUAAUAAUGAGUGGUUGCUAUAAAAGGCCAGAUUCAAAAUAGAGCAAACAAUCCUCCUCUGAACUGUUGGUGUUUCUGCUAUGCAAUAUAAUCCACCUCACACAAAAAAAAUCUACCCAAGAUCUAGAUGAGAAUCAUUGGACCUGCUCUAUUUUUCUUACUGUGCAGCAUAUGAUGAUGAAUAACAACAGCAGUUUGAUAGAAGUAGGUGUGAAGGAUGUCUUUCCUGUGCCAACGUCUGAAUUGUGUUGGUUGUACUAUUCCAUUUACAAUUGACAUGAGCAUCUUGGGAGAUAUAUUUUUGUUUUUCAAUACUGUUGUACAUUUAUUGGCAUAGCCUAUAAUGUAGUGUUUACUAAGUGAGGAAAUGUGUACAGUGUAAAAAAAUAAAUAAAGAAUACAAUUACAGAAAUGCAUUAA